CGGGUCAAUAAGCCACACCACACACCGGAGAGAGAAUCCUCUCGUCUUCCAUCCAUCCAUCCAUCCAUCAUCUCAUCGAUGGGUCAGAUGGCGUAUCUUGCCCACAGCAUCCUGACGUAUCUGAUGAGGCCCACAGCACGCCGCGGCUGCUUGUCGACGAUGUAGAAUGAGGGGUCAGGCAGCUCCAUGUAAGCCAGGAACGCCCCGAUAAUCCUUCAUAGACAGACAGCAAUGAGAUACACACACACACACACACACACACCCCGAGACAACAAUUGCUUCCAAUCAGCCGACGAUUUUCCUUUUUCUCUGUCUUCCUUAUGUAUGGGCGUGGAGUGGAAUGUGUGUGUGCCAGUCAGUAUGCACCUACCUGUUAAGGAACCAUAUGGUGAUGGAGUAGUAGGCGUAGGACCAGAGCAGCCGAUACAGGCGGCUGCCCGACCGCUGGUUGGUGUCAAAGCGCUCCACCGCCUGCCGAAAGUCACCCUGGCCGAUGAACAGCUCCAAGCCGAUCUCGUUGCCUACACACACACACACACACAUAAGAGGAGGAGUCACCCACUUGCACUUUCGCUCCCCCGCUCACCUUUGAGUGUGACUUGUGUCUUUGGGCCGGCCGAUAUGUGCGUGUGUGACAGCGACAAGGCAGACAGAGACAGACGCCCCCUGCCCCUGCCCCUCCUCCGCGCAAAGAUGGCCAGCCUCCUACGGUCGACCGCCGCUGAUGUCUGGAGAAGGGAAGAAGCGGCAUCUACUGUCGCAGCUGACGUGUUGGCAGCUGGUGGUGGUGGAGGGGGCGGAGUGGCUGGGGUGGAGGGCAGGUUCUUCUGCUUCUCUCUCUCUUGGGUGGACUUUUGGUCAUCAUCAGAUGGCUGCUCUGGUGCCUGUUCGUCUUCAGCAGAUGUCUCCUGUUUGGACAGUGGCUCAUUGGUCUCUUGCUCGUCGUCUGAUGCUUGAGGAGCCAGCGCCAAGACGGUGUCUUCGUCUUGGUCUGCCUCCUCUGCCCGCUUGGCAGGUGCUCCUUGCUCCUUGGCCUCCAUCAUUUCUGUCUUGGUUGCGUCCUCUGCGGGUGUCUCGCCGUUCUUCUUUUCUCUGUCUUUCUUAUUCGCUGGUGGCGGCGGCGGCGGUGGUGGUGGUGGUGGUGGUCGUUGAGGUAAGACCAGCUGGUCAAAAGUGAUCCGGUCGUCCAGUUCCAUGUCGGGGUGCGCCAGCAUGAACCGCCCAAUCUUGGUCUCAUACUCGUCCUCGGCGUUCACAAUCAACUCCAGUUCGGUCUUCUUGUCCUUCCUCUGUUGUUGCUUCUGCUGCUUCUUCUGCCGCUUCUUCGAUGAAGGCGUCGUCUUCUCGGGCGGCACCAUGGCAACGGCCCGGCUGAUCCCAGAGUUGAGAAGCUGCCCUGCCUGUAGUUGAUGGCCUAGCUGUGGGUCCUCUGAUGAGGGCGGUUGUUGCUGCUCGUUUGGUCCUUUAGUGGCCAUGAGCUGCUCGUAGACGCCCAUCUUUUCGGCACAUGAUUUGGAUUUGGCACAGCGCUUCUUCACGUACUGACCGACGCAGCGACGAGGGAGGGAGGGGGAAGGUGUUCCGGCUUGUGUGUCUCUGUGUGUGUCUCUGUGUGUGUCUCACGUACUUGUGUCCAUAUCGGCAGCUUUGCAUAUUCGGCGUAUUUGUUGAGGCAGUAGUCGGGAGUGAACGUAUCCAGCGGCAGCAAACGGUUCUGUCAUGGAGGACACACAGAGAUAUAUAUGACUGCACGCACACACAGAGAGAGAGAGAGAGAGGGAGAGAGAGAGAGUUGCGACUGGUGAUUUACCGGGAAUAGUUCCGCUAUUCGUCGUUGGCUGCAGUGGAGGCUGACGUCCCAGAAGUCUUUCUGCUUCAGACACUGACCCAUGUACCGACGACACGCCAGCACCCUGGGCAAGGCAACACAAGGCACACCAACAAACACACACGAUGCAUCAUCGCUGUGUCUCUCGUGUCUCAUGCCGGCGUGUGACUUCAUUUCGUCUUCGUAGGAGAAGGCUUCAUGCUGCACGCAAUCAACAAACCGGCAAGUGGCGCAGAGACGACAAGAGUCACCUGGAUUCCGCUCUCUCUCUCUUUCUGUGUUUGUGGCGCUCACGCAUGUCCGCAAGCCCAGCAGCUGCCAGGCAAACCACGCCGAGCACAGAAACUGACACACCAAAGAGACACACCGGCUGUCAUAUGUGUGUAUGUCUGUCAAUGGCUGCCCACUCCACUCCAUCCACUCACACACACACUGACCCGUAGAGUGAACAGCCACCUGACCCAGAAAGGCAGCAGCUUGCAGCCCCACCCCAGCCACCGGGUCCAGAACGACGGCUGCCCGAACGACGCCCGCUUCAAGCUGCCAACCAACACAACACAACACAACACACGCCCACACAUCCAUCCACCCCACUAGUGCACCACAGGUGCAAACAAACAUACACAACACAUAAAAGCCCGCGCACACUUAGCGAAAUGCGCGAGGCUUCUGGACAGCAGAAAGGUGACUAGCGCCUCGACCAGCAGCAGAACACCCAGGUAGAGCGGGAACCGAACGAUCAUGGUGUAGGUGCCAAUGUGCUCGCGUAGGUAGGUCUUGUAUCGGUCAGGCCAGAAGCGCCACCGCAUCUCGUUCCGGAUGGUGCAGUCGGGACACGCAAACAGCAAGUGCAGCAGACCAAACGCCUUGCUGACGCCGCUGAUAUAUAGAUAUCAAUCAAUGGACCAACCACCAUGCGACCAGACACGCUGUCUGUCUCUGCGUACCAGUAUCUUUCGCCCUUGAGCGACAUUCUGUGGUCGGUGAAGGGGCAUGUGACCGUACAGUGGGUCAGCAGCUUGUUGACCUCCGUCGCCGUGAUGUUGGUGCUGACAAUGUUGAGCGUCGUCGAGUAAUCUGAACCACACACACAACAGGAAGACGGCCAGGCUGUUGAAGUUGGUGUUUGUCACAGUGGGCUUGGCGCACAGAUGAUGAAAGAGACGAUGGCAAAGACGAGGUGCAGAAUGGCGUUGCUCGAGUAGUAGAACGAAUACCUGAGAGAGAGAGAGAUCCCUCGCCGCCUCACAUCCGCGUCUCGCGUUUUGUCUGUCUCAGUGCAUUUGCUCACUUCCAGAAUCCCCGCCUGUGGAUCCACUUCUCCUUGAUGCGCUGCCAACGAACCAAAAAGUCCGCCCGAAACAUCCUUGCCGUUCGAUGGAGGCAGCCCUGAGACGCCCAGCCGUCUUGCCCCGCCCCCAGAUUGGCCCCCAGCCU